AUGCCUAGAAAAACAAUCCAGCGGACAAAGGAAGAACAAGAAGAGUUUCAAAGGGUAAGACGUGACAGAAAUGCUGCAUAUCAACGUAAAUACCGUGUAGCAUGUCGAAAUCAACAGCGUUAUUCAACUCAUAUUUCAAUGGAUCAACUUUCUGGUAAUAUUAAUCAAACUGAAGUUGAACAUGAUACCUAUUAUCAAAAAGAUCAAAACAAUACUGUCACAGAAGUUGGAAUUCCAGACUUGCAAACGUCCACUAUUAAUACCAAUCUUUCCACAAUCUCUACCACAUGUAACAAUCAUCAAUAUCAAAAUUCGAAUGGCUCUCUCCUCGAAUCCAACAUGUCUUCUGAAAUGUCUGUAAUCCAAAUUAGGGACCAUCAAAAUGAAAUAUUUCAUAAACAAACCCACGAUAGCAGACCUCUCACUCAAUGGAGAUCCAAUGAAGAACAAGAAAGGCAGAGAAUCCGACGUGAGAAGAAUGCUACAUAUCAGCGCGAGUAUCGUGCGAAACGUCGGAAUCAACGACAAAAUUCAAAUCGUAUAAUUCAUCAUGUUGAUUUUUGCGAUCAACCAAUAUUUAACCAAAUUUCCGGAGAGAUUGAUCAAAAUGCAAUUGAACAUGAUAUUUCUCAUGAAGGGAAUGAUAGUAAUCAUACAGUCACAGAAAUCGAACAUCCAGUCCCAAUGUCCAAUAUUGACAAAAAUCUUCCCACGAUCAGCGAUAUCACAAGUAGUAAUCAUCAACGUCAAGAUUUGAAUCACCCGCUUUUAAAAUCCAACAUGUUUCCUGAAAUCUCUGUAAUCCAACGUGAUAUUCAUGUUCAUCAAAAUAGAAUCGAAAAUGAGCUGUUUCAGGAACAAGGCCAUGAUGAUAGAUCAAUUAUUCAACAGAUAUCUAAUGAUGAAAAAGAGAGGCAGAGAAUACGACUUAAAAAAAAUGCAGCAUAUCGGCGCGAGUAUCGUGCGAAACGUCGAAAUCAACAAUACAAAUCAGACGUCAUUCAUCAACUUGAUACUUGCUUACAAUUGACAAUCGAUGAAGCUUCUAAAGGUAGUCACCAAUGUGCACCUGAAUAUCAUAUUUCUCAUGAAGAGAAUCAUAAUAAUAAUGAUAUUAUGCCAGGAAUAAAAAUUCCGGUCCAUUUGAGUAUAGACCGCUCUGAUACCCACCUUCCCACCAUAGAUGCUGCGUCUAACAAUUAUGAUUCUCAUUUGUCAGGGAGGAGUAGAUCGAAUACCAUUUGUGAUACUACAGGACAAGAAAGCAAAGAACACUACAUUGGUCCAAUGAACGUUGUGUGUCGUCAUUGUCGUGCUAAACAUUUUGCGGCUGAAAAAGUUCGAAAAGAUUCUUUUAAUGAUUGUUGCAGCCACGGCGAAGUUGCUCUUGAACCUUUGCCAAAUCCACCACUUAUUCUCCGAGAUCUUUUCAAUGGUACUCACGAACAAUCAAAACAUUUCCAUGAACGAAUACGUUGUUAUAAUAAUGCAUUUGCAUUUGCAUCGUUCAAUGCUAAUUUAGUCAAUUUCUCUGAUCGGCGUCCUGGCCCGGUUUGUUUCAAACUCCAUGGCCAAGUAUAUUAUCAAUUUAAUAAAAGUCUCUACCCCGAGUCUAAUGAAACUCCAUGCUACGGUCAACUAUUCAUAAUUGAUCCAGAUGAGGCUACAGAUGUCCGAUGCAAUUUGAUGUCUACACUGAAUCGCGAAGUCGUUGAGGCGAUAGAUAAUUCCCUUCGUCAGUGUAAUUUAUUUGCUCAGUCUUAUCGAAUGAUGCAUGAAGAACUCCAAUCAAUGAGAAACGUGAACACAAACGAGGAACCCGAAAUGCAAUUGAUAUUUUCACUCAAACCUGGAAUCGAUCAAAGACGAUACAAUUUACAAAGAAUUAAUGAGGUGGCUGCCAUUUUUACUACUGCCGCUGAUGGUGAUAUGCCAGAGUCUUAUGUUUCAGUUCGUAAUAAAGGUACAAAAGAACUUCAAUUUGUCAAUUCUAUGGAUCCCAACGUUGAACCAUGGAUUUACCCUUUGUUUUAUCCCCAUGGUACCCAGGGUUGGAAUAAAAAUUUACCUUGCGUGAAUAGAGCUAAAAGAGUAUCACGAGCAGCAUAUACUAAAUAUCGAAUGGCUGACAGAGACGAUAAUAUGAUCUUAAAAGGAGGACGAUUAUUUCAACAAUGGGUUGUCGAUAGUUACGUUAAAAUUGAGAAAGAUAGGUUGAACUAUUGCAGGCAAAAUCAGAAAACUCUACGCAGUGAUACAUAUCAAGGCUUGGUAGAUCAUCUACAACAACGCGCGAAUGGUUCUGAUUGCCAAGUAGGUAAAAUGAUAAUCCUUCCAUCAACAUUCACGGGUUCGCCACGUAAUAUGUUACAGAACUAUCAAGAUGCAAUGGCUAUUGUAAGGAAGUUUGGUAAACCGGAUUUAUUCAUCACUAUGACCUGCAAUCCUAAUUGGAUUGAAAUAAAAGAGAAUUUACUGCCCGGACAAACGGCGUCUGAUAGGCCAGAUAUUGUUUCACGAGUUUUUGAUAUAAAAAAAGAAGAGCUCAUUAAAGAUGUUAUUAAAAAAAACUUAUUCGGCGAAGUAUGCGCAUAUGUAUACGUGAUUGAAUACCAAAAACGUGGAUUACCACACAUGCAUCUAUUGGUAAAUUUGAAACAGAAUAAUAAAAUUGUUACUCCUGAUGCUGUUGAUAGAUACAUUUCUGCGGAAAUUCCCGAUCGAGAAACAGACACAAUCCUUUACAAUAUUGUUUUGAAAGACAUGAUUCAUGGGCCAUGUGGUAGUUGGUGUAAAGAUGAGAAAGGCAAAUGCACAAAAAAUUUUCCAAAAAAGUAUCAAGAAAAUACUUCAAUGGAUGAAAAUGGAUAUCCUACAUAUCGUCGAAGAAAUACCGGUACUUAUGAACGUUCUAAUGGCCAAAUGACUGAUAAUGCAUUCGUUGUUCCUUACAAUCCUUAUUUAUUGGAAAAAUUUACAUGUCAUAUUAACGUAGAAAUUGUUUCUAGCAUCAAAUCUGUGAAAUAUUUAUAUAAAUACAUAUACAAGGGUCACGAUUCAGCCUCAGUUAUUGUAAGUAAUACAGAAAAUCAGAACGAAAUUCAUCACGAUGAAAUCCGAAAUUUUAUAGAUACACGAUAUGUAUCUCCAGUGGAAGCAUGCGAUCGAAUAUAUGGUCGACCUAUCCAGCAUAAAAGUCAUUCAGUUAUGCGAUUACCAGUUCAUUUACCUAAUCAACAAAACAUCACUAUCAAUGAGUUUGAAGAUGAAGACGGUUUGAGAUCAGCAUUAGAGAAAACAAGUAUGUUAAUGGAAUAUUUCUCUUUGAAUCAACGAGACCCGGAAGCGAGAAAUUACACGUAUGGGGAUAUUCCAUCACAUUACGUUUACAAAAAAUUACCAAAUUCAAAUGAACAUAGGUGGGAAAAACGCAAAGCACAUUUCAAUACGAUUGGCCGAAUGUAUUCAAUAAGUCCAACUCAACUAGAAUUAUUUCAUCUUCGAUUACUUUUAAUAGCAGUUAAAGGUGCCACUAGCUUUGAAGACCUCACGACAGUCAAUGGUCAAUUGUGCAAUACAUUUCAUAGUACGUGUUUAGCAUUGGGGCUUAUUGAGGAUGAUCGAGAAUGGGAACGUGCCUUGACUGAAGGAGAAAUUUGGAUGAUGCCACGUCAACUGAGACAUUUAUUUGUACGCAUUUUAAUAUAUGGCCAUCCAAACCACCCAGAAGUACUCUGGGAACAAUUUAAAGAUGCUUUCUCUCAAGAUUUUCAACGUAAUUAUAAUGAAUCCGAGGCUCAGAAAAGAGCAUAUGCUCAUAUCAAUACAAUCCUCAUGAAUGAAAGGUCCAGCUUAAGCGCAUUUGCGACAAUGCCACCAUUAGAUGAAUACGAAGUAGAUGUCAAUGAUGGUAGCGAUGAUCAAAUGUCAAUUGAAAUACACGAGACCAUUGGUCAUAAUCAAUACGCUCAAUUAAAUACUAAACAAAAAGAAAUUGUUGACAAAAUUUUGAAUAUAGCUAUGUCUACUGAGGAGCUAUCAUCUUCCUGUUUUUAUAUCGAUGGUCCAGGUGGCUCAGGGAAGACAUUUGUUUACACAACUUUAUAUCAUUUAUUAAAAGCUCAAGGAAAAUCUAUCUGUACAAUGGCUUUCACAGGUAUCGCAGCCAUCUUGCUUCCUCAAGGAAAAACGUUGCACAAAACUUUCGGUAUCCCCGUUCCUAUAUUGCCAGAUUCGGUUUCUAAUAUAAAAAGUCAAUCGAAGGAGGCUGAAUAUUUGAGAAAUGUUGAUUUUUUCAUCUGGGACGAAGCACCUAUGGCACCUAGAUCUGCAAUGGAAUUAAUUGACCGUACAUUACGUGACUUGAUGGAUACUCAUUUACCGUUUGGCGGAAAAAUUAUGUUGUUAGGAGGAGAUUUCCGGCAGUUAUUACCAGUGACUCCAAAUGCAACGAGGUGUGAGUUGGUCAACUCUUCAAUCAAAUUUAGUCAUUUAUGGAAGAAUUUCUUAAUAUUUUCAUUGACAGAAAAUAUGCGAGCUUUACCGGGAGAGGCAGAAUUCGCAAAAUACCUCUUAUUACUGGGUGAUGGGAAAUUAAAUGAUACCGAUGAUAAUCUAUUACCUCCAGAACAAUGCAUAGCUUCAAACAAUGAUGACAUUGUUGAGGUAAUAUUCAAGAAACUUAUUGAUGAACGUCGAUUUGGAGAUCUAGCAAAAACUGCUGUACUAGCAGCACGGAAUGUUGACGUCGAUGAGAUUAAUUGUAAUGUGACGAAACUUUUGGACGAAACAACGGAGCGUCUCUAUACAGGUAUCGAUAGUGUGGAAAAUUGUGAUAACGGGGAUAUCAAUGAUGCAAUUUUACCAGAAUAUUUAAAUACACUCAAUCCUCCAAAUUUUCCACCGCAUGAGUUACGAUUGAGAAAAGACUCAAUUGUUAUGUUACUUCGAAAUUUAAGUAUUAAUGAAGGUUUAUGUAAUGGAACUCGGCUGCAAAUUAUAGAACUCGCAAAUAAUCUCUUGCGAUGCCGAAUAUUGAAUGGGGACAAGAUGGGAGACAUUGUAUUUAUUAACCGUGUGACAUUAUACUGUGAAAAUAUAUUUCCGUUUACGUUCAAACGACGUCAAUUCCCAGUCAAAUUAGGUUUUGCAAUGACAAUUAAUAAAAGUCAAGGACAAACUUUUGAUAAAAUUGGCAUAGAUCUCCGCAAGGAUGUUUUUAACCAUGGACAAUUAUACGUUGCAUUUUCCAGAGUUUGCUCAUGGGAGACUUUGAAAAUUUUCUUGGGGAGUGAGAGAGAUUCUAACACGGUAAAAAACUGGGUAUAUACAGAACUAUACAAGUAA